AUGGCGAUAACAAGGAGAACAAACACACAGGAUCACCAAACCAAAGAAGAAGAACAUGUUGAGGUAGUUGACGAAACGGACCUUUCUGAAGCUGUUCGGUUAUUAAAGCAGGAAAUGGUGGUUAUGAAGCAACAACAGGAGAAAUACGCGCAAGAACUGUCGGCUUUAAGAACCGAAAAUGCUGCGUUGAAAAAUCAAGAUCCGUCAUGGAAGCCUACUCAAAAUACCAACACGCAAACCCAGGGGUCCUAUCAAUCCCAUGAGGUCCACACCUCGGCUCCUCAUGCCUCGGCGGCGGCACCUCCAAAAAUCCUCUCGGCUCAACCUACCGUUGGUCGUCCUACAGACUUGGCCACUGUGACGUUGAGUACAACUGAUGAUGCUGCCUUGUGCCGGAUUUUUCCAACGUCUCUCAAAGGCAAGGCCCUGAGUUGGUUUACUCGGCUCCCUCCUAACUCCAUUGACUCAUUCAACACUUUGUCUUCUCAGUUCACCAUCCAGUUUGCAACGAGUCGCCCUCACAGUUUGAUGUCUCUAUCUCUGGUCGGCCUUCGACAAGAUAAGAAAGAGUCACUCCGAUCUUUCAUGGAUCGAUUUAACAAGGUAGCCUUGGAAAUCCGAGACCUCAAUCCCGCCGUGGCACUUCAUCACCUCACAACGGCCUUGAAGCCAAGCCCGUUCGUCAAUAGUAUUUGUAAGAAACCCCCUUCGGACAUGAAUGAUCUACGAAGGAGAGACGACAAGUACAUGCAAAUGGAAGAGUUGGCGGAAUAUCGUAAUCAAGCCCGCACUGAACCAGUAAAUAAGACAGAAAAGCAAAUGGAACAACCAUUCAGAGGCCGAGGUAAAGAAAUAACACUAAGAGAUCGACCCAUGCGUGGGCCGAAACACUCUCAUUAUACUCUCAUCUCGGUCUCGCUCUUCAUAUCAACCUCGACACCAUGA